AUGAAGUGGUGCCAGAGAACGCUGAAAGAGAUCACCGCGCUGGAAGUGGGCAAGCGGUGGUUAUCCGAGGGCGGCUGGCGCGGGGAGAAUGGAGGUGAGGUAUCCUUCACGGUGUUGAACACCGGCGCAGGGAUUCACUCGUUUCACAGCUGCGACGUGCAGUCGCUGCAGCUGGGCAAGGUGCGCUACCAAACGGGGCUUUGCUUGAGCCCAGUCCAGAUGGAUUGCCUAAAUUUGGCAUUCCUCUAUACUUUGUUCAGAAUGUACUAUGUGCGGCAUCGCACACACAAUAGUUUUCAGCUGUAUGAAGUCCUUCUCCCAACUCUGAAGUCAUCAGAUGUGUCCCAUUCCGGAGCUUGCUUUACCACCCCCCAGCGUGCCGGGACCUGCUAUGCCAAAUGUGUGUUCCUGGGUCUCCGCACGCUGCUGGCGGAGCUUGGCGUAUCCUCUUCAGGUCGGCGCAGGUGCAUGUUGAACUACCGCAUUUGCUUCCUGGAGCGCAUAGCCCAGGAAUUGGAUGAAGCGAGUCAGCCGAGCCUCACCAACAGCGACCGCAUCACGCUGAGUGUGGCUCUGAAGCAGGUGGCAAGGCGCUGCGUCCGCGACCCCGAAGCUGCCAGCGCGCAGACCCGAACCCACGCUUGCAUGCAGCGGAUACAGGGGGCCGUGCGCCUGAAGAUUCAAGACCCGUCGCUGGAUCGAGCACUUUGCGCAGAUGCCCUUCAGCAUCAGAACCUUCGGCUCCAAGGCGCUGAGUUCCGCGGACUUCAAGGCUUUCAACUGCUGGCAUUCCGUUCGCUGGUGCCACCAGAUGUCCGCAACGCCUUUGCAGGUCCUUCAGCAUCCAAAGUCUUAAACCCCCAUGUGGACCUCACCGGUCUUGCCUCUGCCAGGGCUGUCGCUGGCGGACCCACGCUGGAAUUUCUGCCGCAAGCGCUGCUGAUGUGCGACCGGCUGGAGGAGGUGCAAUGCUCGCGGGCCUCCAAGCACCUGAUCAUCGGAGUGGUGGAGACCUUGGUCUUCGAGGCUCGGGACCUGUGGGACCUCGUGAGCUCCGAGACCUCGGAGUCCUCGGAGUCCUCGGAGUCCUCGGGACCGUCUCUGAGUUUGGGCCGGGGCCGGGAGCUGCUGGGCGCGGCGCACCGCCUGGGAGCGCACUACGUGGCGGCGGUGCGCUCCGUGGGCGGGGGGCGCAGCACCGGCGCGCACGCGGUGCUGGUGCUGGCCGCGCUGCUGGAGCUCUUCGAGGACCUCCUCCGUGCCACGCCCGGCCUGGAGCUGAACCAGCUCCUGAACGAAGAACCAAAAGCCGAAGAAACGAGAGGCGAAGUGCGGAGCAGGAUUUGCAGGCGCCACGAGAAUGACAAGCAGUCCUUGUGGGCAGGAGCACACGACACCUCCGCGCUGUUGGUUGGACCGCCUGAAAGCGAAGAAAGGUCGGAGGCCACGGGCGUCAGCAAGAACUUGUUGGACUUUUCCCGGAGGCUGCGGCGUCUCUGCCCGGGCAAGCCAUCUCUGCCAGACGUGGACCGUCCAUACCAAGACUGGGAAGUGGACCUCUCUGCUGCCUUCGACGAGCAGGUGGAUGCAAAGUGCCCCGAGUGGGCGCAGGCCAGAGACUUGGCGCUCUUUUACCAAAUGCUCCUGGCAAGCCUUCCGAGCCUCCCCAAUUCCCUGGCUGGCGGAGCUGUGCCCCCAGCAGAUCAUGUCUUGAUGGCCAGAGAAGCGGCAGAGCUCAGCUUCAAAUUUGGGCUUUUCAACCCUCCGGAAAAGGUCAUCGUGCAUGUGGAGCAUGUGUGCAGCCUCCCGCCUCGCCGAGUCAACAAGUUGUAUCCGCAUGCAUCUUUGACACAUCCCAAGCUGCUGUGCCAAGAUAUGAGCUACCUUCGAUUUGGAGGAGCUAUGGAGAAUGAGCUGCUGUCCUUGAAAAGACUCCCUGACUUUGAUAGUUCCCUGACACAGGCACAGGCAGAAUCACUGCUUAGCAUUCUGAGUUGCCCGGGCAUCCGAAUCCCUUUGCUGCUGCAGUUUGUGGUGCCCAACCACAUCGCCUUGAUGCACCAUCGCCAGUUUCAAAGGAUUUUCUUUGCGUGCUUGUUCGAGCCGGGGCUGUUCGACACCUCCAAGCCCUCGCUUGACGCGAAAGUCCCAUCGCAGGAGCCCAUGGGGACAGAGUUCGGCUGGUUGAGCGAGGAGUUGGCGACGAGUCCGCAGCUGGUAUUGCCCUUGUUGAGCCAGCUCUUCGAAGCCAUGAAAGACUUGGGCAACGGGGACUGCGACGGUCCACUCGUGCAGCCCUUCCUUUUCGUGGUGCAUGUGGCGUUGUUGGUGCAGGACUUUAUAGAGCAAGCCAAGUCAGAAAAGUCGGAGAGAUCAGCGCGUGAGUGCCUGGAGGAGCACGCGCGGCUCUUCCGACGCUUCACCCAGAAGUUCGCGCGGAAGGUGAUCGCCCGGUGGAUCGGGCAGGCGAACUCCGCCAAAAGCUACGAUCGUUUGAUGCAGUGCCACGCGCACCUGGCGAUGACCGCGUGGCCGGUGGCAGCUUUGGAAGACGGUGACGUGCAGAGUCUGGGCGUGGCAGCCUGCACGUUUAGCCUGUGGAGCGAGAAGCUGGGCGAUGCCAAUUCUGUGGAAUACGCAGGGGACCAGGCGGACGUGAUCCACCGGGUCUUCGCCACCCUGAGUCGGCAACGAGUGCCCUUGUUGAAAGCAGUGGAGAAUGCCGAAGAGCAGGAGCGCAACAAGUUCUUCAGCUUCAUUCUGGCAGGUGCCAUCGGCACGGACCGGUUGCCAGAAUUGUCUUGGCGCGCCACUGAGCAGAUGCCCAAGGUCUGCAUCCGCGUGGUGGAGACCAGCCAUCCCAUUUGCAAAGCCGACUUUAGCAGUCGCAAGGUGUGCCUUCCAAAGGCAGCGAGGAUCAUUGUGCGCUUCGACCCGCUGAGUCAGCUUGAGUCGGGAGAUUUUCUCAAGGUGUACGCAGGCCAAAAGAAAGAUGCCUCCAAGGUGGUGUGGAUGGCCGGGCGCAGCGAUGUGGCUAAAAAUGGCUGGCCUGGAGUUGAUGCUCCGGGUUUGGUCAUCAACUCGGAGUGCUUUCUUGUCAUCAUGGAGCGUUUGAUGCACGUCAGAGCCACUGAGGAAGAGGUGGCCUAUGGAUACCGUCUCAUUGCUGAGGCGGAGAUGCCUUCGAGUGCAGUGACUUCCAUGCAGAAGCAGCUGAGCACAGCCUCUGCCUUCGUUUGCGCAUCGAUUCUGUCGGAGGUGGGUGGAGACGUCCAGGAGGCCGUGGAGCAGUACGGCCAGAAAGACGUCCGCCAGAAGUGGGAGGAGUUGGAGACGUUGAGUGAAGCCCGGAAGAGCAGCUUGGGGCUCCGCGUGGGUGGCUGCUUCUCCGCUCAAGCGCACGACCUGCAGGACGCUUGGCUCACGGGGGCGCGAGUAGACCUGGGUAUGGCCAACAUCAGUUUCGAGGCGCGGGAGACACUGCAACCCAUGCCCGCGGACUGCUUCGAGGAGCCAGAUUACCGAGAGGCCUUGGGCGCAGAGCGGCCCAACGUGCUGCCCAUCUCCAACUCCCUCUACGCCAAGAAGUUCAGCUUCAGAUGCCACAGCCUCGAGUACACUGCUGAGAUGUGGGCGGCGCCUGAGUUCACCCUGGCUCUGGAGUACCAGGGCGGCAUCAAGUUGGGCAAGGGCGACGCAGUGCCCUUUGUGUUUCAUCCCAGCCGCUCUGGCUCUGGCGGCUCUGGCUCCGGCUCCUUCGUGCGGUGGCGGGAGCAGCAGUGGACGGAGCUGGCCUUGGCGGAUGUGCCGGGCCACCUGCGCAGCCAUGGCGCGGGCGCCGAGGUCCUCGCGGCGCUGCUCUCCACUCCUCCGGCGGACCCCACCUUGCUCAACGAGCCCGAGCCCCACUUCGCCCGCUUCGGCGACUGGUGGAAGCAGGCGCGCUGGUACGGCCGUGCCAGUGGUGCGGCCGGCUCGGUGCUCUUGUGCGAGGCCGGCUCCGGCGCCAGCGCUCGCUGGCUGGAGUUUGAGGCAGAGCCGGGAGGCGCUUUGGUGGCCUUCCAGAUCCAGGAGCACGGCCGGUGCGCGGCGCGGGAGGCGGUGUGGACCUCGGACGCGCGGCGCUCGCUGCUGGGCUGCGACGUGGAGGGCCGCUUCGAAGUCUUCGCGGUGCCGGCGCCGUUGCAGCGCCAGGCAGGGGACCUGCGGCCGGGCGCCUACGGCCGGUCCCUGGUGCUCACCUCCGCCGCAGGAACACACGUGCCGCAGCGCUUCUUGCGCGGACUCCUACCAGAGGUCCUAUUGCCUCACUUUUGCUUUUGGCAAGUCUCAGAGGACCUCAUCAAUGGAAGGCCUCAACAUCGAAACAGUCGCUGGUUCGGCUACAGCCUACAGCUGCAGAUUGCAGAUGGCCGCGCCCGAGUCUUGCGUUUAGCCCUGGAGACAGAGGUGCUGCAUGAACUGCAAGAUGCUACGCGGCCCAGCUCUCCGCUGUUCAAGCUGGGGGAGUUCAUGAGCACGGUGGAACCCCUGUCACAUGUGCUGUUCUGGUCCAAGCACGGAGAAGACGGAGAACAGAUGGCCUCGCCGUUGGAGCUGGUGGAGAUGCCGCGGCUGCAGCUCCGCUUUCGUGUGCGUGAGGGGCCCGUGCUCGAUGGGAAGGUGGUCUUUCAGCCCAAGCUCUACUGUGAUGCUUAUGGCGGACAAUUCUUCGUGGACCCCACUCCAUUCCAUUUGUUGCUGCCCAACUGUCCUCACGCCCUGCCACCCCACUGCUUUCUACUACGUGCUGAGGCAGGCGAUGCCAAGGUCGUAGCUCCCCUGGGCGAGGUGCGGAGGCACAGAAGCUAUCAAGAGCCCUUUGAGACGGCCGUGUAUCUCAAAGUCUUCGGAGAGACGUUCUUCACCCCAACAGCCGUCUAUGACUUGGCCCUGUCCACCGGGACAGACCUGAAGUGCCCCAGUCUGCUCUCGGCAAUUUGGCUGCUGCUGUGCCGGCUGCUGCAGAGGGACUACGAGGGCGCAGUGAAGCUCGUGCCAAUGGUGGCCUCCGCUGAUGGCCAGUUGCGCCAUGAUGAGCAGCUCGCCUUCCGCAUGGCUUUGGAGGAUACCUCCGACCGAGCCCCUGAUGCUGUGGCUGUCCGG